GAGCCACUGAGGGGGAAGUAUCACAGAGAGUUACAGGCCUCUAUCUGGUUAUCACUACUGCUUUUGAGCUCAAGGAAUUUCCUUAAAAAAUGGACAGACACAUCAAGAUGGAAAGACAAAAGUUUCCGUUCACCAUUGAGAACAUUCUGAACAAAUAUCCUAGCAGUAUUGGAGACAAACAACCAUGUGGAACAAGAGUUUUUGGACUGAAGGAGAAGAUGGUUUGUCCUGAGCCUGUUCAUCACACCUGCUUGUGCUGCUGUUUCUGUUCCCACUGCGCUGACAUGCUGCACUCUGAUCUCAUCCAUGACGCCUGUCAGUACGGAUGGAACCGAGCAGCUAUGAUCUCAGAGACGUGCCGGCUGGGGGAGGCUCAAAGGGAGGAGCAGCAGCCUAAGGUCGGCCAGGUGCAGAGGCGAACCAGGCGUCACCGUACAAUUUUCACCGAAGAACAGCUGGAUGCACUGGAGGAACUGUUCCUGCAGAACCAGUAUCCAGAUGUAAACGCGCGAGAGAAACUUGCACAGCAAACUAACUUAAGAGAAGAAAGAGUAGAAGUUUGGUUUAAAAACCGAAGAGCAAAAUGGAGACGUCAGAAAAGAUUGUCAUUUGUAGUCGGAAACACUGAAAACUAA